AUGACUCAAUUCACUCCUCCUUACGAAGCUCCGUGUGAUGAUGAGGAACAUCCAUGUUCUGCUGUUUGUAACAAUGAUCAAAACAACGAAGAUGUUGAGGUCAAACUACUUAAUUACCAAGAUACUGAAGAUGUCGAUCAAUCACAUAUCUAUAAAUUUGAUGUCAAGAUCACAGAUGCAAUCAUUAAAAAUAAUGAACUCCAAGAAUUUCAAUACAUACCAUCGAAGUUCGUUCUCAAAGUCAAGACUGAAAGUAUUUCUAUUACGGCUAUGGACACAAGCGAAGUUUGGAGUUGCGAAAUAGUAACAUUUAAUCGUGCUUGCCAACUUCCACAAUCCACAACUGAAGUUCAAUCAAUGGAUAUUCCUCAAUCAAAGUUAGCAAGAUUUAGUAGGAAACAAAGGUUACUAUCAAAGGAGAAUGACUCUUCUUCAGCUAAUAUUGGACCAAAGUUGGGAAAAAACUCAUUCAAUAAUGCACCAUCUGGAUCAGAAAAUGUUAUGCCAAUGGAUAUCAAUAUGAAAUCCAAGUAUACAACAAAGGGAGAACUAUUUAAGAGGAAAGCAGACAGGAUUCCAUUGUCACCUUUGACUCAAGGUAGCAUAUUGACCACAAACAUAGAGAGCGAUGUCAACGAAAACAUUCCCGCAAAAAGAAUUAGAAUUCCAAAUCCUAAAUAUUUUUCUCCUGUCUCAUGUGUUAUUAACUCUUCAAAUGACUCCAGUUCUAAUGCUUCAAGACCAACACAACAAGGAAAAAAUUCAGCUACAUCAAAAUUUGCAGCUCCUACAUCAUCAACAUCAAAUAACCACAUGUCUAAACGGUUUCCACUGAAUAGUAAAUAUAUUGGUGUUCAAAGAUUAGAUUUUGACGAUGAAACCAAUGCUUCUUCUAAUGUGGAAAAUGACAUUGAUGUAUUCAAAUCCAAUUUAUAUGCAAGUUCUGAAAUUGAAGGAGUCAUUAACUUUGGCUUGCCUGAAUUUACAUGCAAGUGGUGUAAUGCUGAAUUAUGGUAUGAGGAAAGAGCGGAAAAAUCAAGGCAUGGUCUUGAUAUAGAAUUUUCACUUUGUUGUGCAAAAGGAAAAGUACAACUUCCUCUUCUUAAAAAGCCACCAGAACUUUUAUUAGCUUUAAUAAGUGGACGUGAUCGUCGUAGUAAGAAUUUUCAGGAGAACUAUAGAGCUUUCAAUAGCAUGUUUGCUUUCACAUCAUUGGGUGGUCAGAUAAAUUACAACAUUAAUGAUGGUGGUGGACCUCCUCAAUUCAUUUUAAGUGGUCAAAAUUAUCACAGAAUUGGAUCUUUGCUGCCAGAAAUAGGAACUACUCCUAAGUUUGCACAGUUAUACAUCCAUGAUACUGAUAAUGAGGUGAAUAACCGAGCUGCGGUCUUCAGGUCUGAUAACAACAAAAAAGAACCCAUUGAUAUUUCUUUAAUUAAGGAUCUAAAAGAAAUGAUAGAUUAUUGCAAUCCACUUGCUAAGUCUUUUAGGAAGGUCAGAGAUGCUAUUCAAUCUGGUACUACUCAUAAUUUGUCUUUGAGAUUAUACCGAAAGCGAACAAAUGAUUCAAGAAUGCAUAAUAUCCCUACAGUUGAUGAGGUGGCUGGUUUGAUUGUUGGGGACUUUGAAGAAUCAGAAAUUGGAAGAGAUAUUAUUGUUAAUGAUAAAAGGUAUGGCCUGACUAGAAUUCAUGAAACUCAUGUGUUGUUCCUGCCUCUUCAAUACCCGUUGUUGUUUCCUUGGGGUGAAAAUGGAUGGGAACCAGAUAUUCCACAUAGAAAGACAAUAGAAGUAUCAAAGAAUGAGAAGGAAGAAAGAGUCAAAAUUAGAGAAUUCAUGGCUUUCCGCAUUCAAGAAAGGAAAAAAGAAUUUGGAAACAUUGUUUUUUCUAGGAGAUUAUUUCAGCAGUUUGUGGUAGAUUGUUACACUAUGAUAGAAGCCCAACGACUAUCUUUCAUAAGAGAAAACCAAGACAAAAUUCGUUGUGAUGUACUAAGUGGUCUUCAAGAAGCUGUCGAUAGGGGCGAUGUGGAUGCUUCAACAGUCGGAAAACGCAUUAUUUUGCCUGAUUCUUUCACUGGAGGUCCACGGUACAUGUUCAACAAUUGUCAAGAUGCUCAGGGAAUUUGUAAGCGAUUUGGUUAUCCUGAUCUGUUCAUAACCAUUACAUGUAAUGCAAAUUGGCCAGAAAUACGUAAUUUCAUUGAACCAAUAGGGCUUCAACCUUCAGACCGACCAGAUAUUGUUGCCAGAGUAUUCAAGAUGAAACUUGAUCAAAUGUUGUCGGAUUUCAAAAAAGAACAAAUAUUUGGCAAGGUAGUAGCAGGUAUGUAUACCGUGGAGUUUCAAAAAAGAGGGCUUCCACAUGCACAUAUGUUAAUGUGGUUGGAUGAAAAAAACAAGAUUAAAACUGGUCAUGAUAUUGACAAGGUGAUAUCUGCUGAGCUUCCUCAUCCUCAAUUAUACCCAAAACUUUAUUCCGCCGUAUCGUCAUUUAUGAUGCAUGGCCCAUGUGGGGAAGCAAAUAUCAAUUCUCCUUGCAUGGUUAAUUACCGUUGCUCGAAGUUCUUUCCAAAAAAGUAUAAAUCCUCCACAACCAUUGAUGAUGAAGGGUAUCCUUCUUACCGGAGACGUAAUACUGGAAUUUCUGUCAAAAAGCCUAAGGCUAGCUUGGACAACUCCUUUGUUGUUCCUUACAAUCCUUUUCUAUUGAUGAGAUAUCAGGCUCAUAUUAAUGUGGAAUAUUGCAAUAAAUCCAAUGCCAUCAAAUACUUAUUCAAAUAUGUAAAUAAAGGUCCUGACCGUUCAAAUGUUGAAAUCUCCAAUGGCAACAAAUCAAAAGAGCCGGUUGAUGAAAUCAAAAGAUUUUAUGACUGCCGAUAUUUAUCUCCGGCAGAGGCUGUUUGGAGGACAUUUGCGUUUGACAUUCAUCAACAUUUUCCAGCUGUUAUUAGGUUAUCUAUUCACUUGGAAAAUGAUCAAGUAGUUAAAUUUGAUGAUAAUAGUUCACUGCAUAAUGUUCUUCGUUAUCGGGAAGUGGUUGACACAAUGUUUCUUUCUUGGUUUAAAGCAAAUAUGGAAUAUGAAGAAGGUCGAAAUUUGACAUAUUCACAGUUUCCUACAAAAUUUGUUUAUUUACCACAGGAACAUCGUUGGCAGCCAAGGCAAAGGGGUUUUAGCAUUGGAAGAUUAACAUAUGUUCCCGUUGGAGCCGGUGAUUUAUACUACUUGAGGGUGUUGUUGACACAACAAAGAGGGUGCACAAGUUAUGAAGAUAUCAAAACAGUUGAUGGCAAGAUAUGCAAAACUUUCCAAGAGGCGUGUGUAGUGAGUUAA